CUUUUUUCUUUUCCUCCUCCUUUUUGUAGAUGCUUUGGAGAGAUGUCUCCUGCUCUAAUGGCUGCUUCAAAAUUAUGCUCUAAGAUUCUGCUUGUCCUCCUCUACUUGUGGAUGUUGUCUUGCUGCUGUUUAUGCUGGAAUGGUUUGUGCUCUUGUUCUUCUGGGUAUCCUCCUGUUCUUGAAGAUUUGAUGUUACGGAUUUUGAUUGGAGCUUACUGCAUGGUGUGUGUAUGUGAGGUUCCUCAGGAUGGAGAAUUCGACAUUCCUUUUCCUCAUGACCUUGAAGUCUGCAGUGUUUGCAAUAUCUUGCUUGGCCUUGUCUUGUUUGCUGUUGCCAGAUCUACUGUUAGCGGUUUUCCAACUGCUGUUGCAAUGGAAAAAACAGCCUCUUUAACAAAGAAAUUUGGAGGUAGUUCAGGAAAGCUUAUCCAAGCUACUGCACAUGAGGUCUCUUCCUUUGGAUUGAACCAUGGAUUCCAUAUGAAAGAUCUCAUUUGGCAAUAUCUAUCAUGUACUUUUAGAUAGUAGACAGGGGUAGACAUCAU